AGCAUGAGCAUUGCAUAAGAAAAACUCAAAAACGAAAGAAGAACGGUUGCAGUGAGAUCCAUCUGAAAUUGCUCGUUUGUUUAUCAUUUACACCAGAAAUAAUGAGAGUUUAAUCAGAAUACGUUUUAUGAUGCAUUUUCUGCACUGUGUUUUGAUGCUCAUCUUCGAAAUAUCUGAUGAUACCCUGGGAUUCAGCGUUCGAGGUCCCUCUGGUCCUCUGGUGGUACCUCUGGGAGGUUCAGUCAUUUUGCCCUGUUUUGUUGAGAGGCCUUUAGCAGUAGAGAAAGUGAAAGUUGUGUGGAAAAGAACAGGCUCAGAGACUCUGGUUCAUCUGUAUCAAGACGGUGAGAGUCGAGCAGAGGCCCAGCACAAAGAUUAUCAUGAUAGAGCUCAUUUCUUUACUGAUCAGAUUCAACAUGGAAACUUCUCCCUCCUUCUGGAAAAUGUGAGAGCUGAAGACAAAGGGGUUUACAGAUGUAAAGUUUACAGUCAGCAGCUUGCUGACAAAACUUUAGUUGAAAUAAAAGAUGUUGAGCGUUUACUAGUAUCAGGCUCAGAUGAGUCUGUUUCUGCAUAUGAUGGUGAGGACGUCACUCUGAGCUGCUCUGUAGACUCUCACAUCACACCUGAAGACAUGGAGGUUUCAUGGAAGAAAACAGAUGAAGAUAUUCUGCUCUACCAAAACAAUGAGACUUUCUCAGAUUCAUCAGAUGAGCGAGACAGAGACAGAGUUGAGUUCUUCACUGCUGAGAUCCCCAAAGGAAACUUCUCUCUCAGACUGAAGAGUGUCAGAACUGAGGAUAAAGGAGUUUACAUGUGUUUAGUGUUUGCUGGAGGACUUUCAGUGAACACAACUGUGGUACUGGUGCAACUGGGUUUCUCUUGGCUACACAUAACUGCGUUAAUUCUCUGUAUUGUUGCAUCUGGAUCUGCACUUCUCUCCUGGCUUGUUUACUCCAGAACAGGAAAUCAAGAAAAAAGGCUGUGUCUUCAAGUUUGUCUUUUCCUUUGCCCGGAUAUAACUAUGCUGUUGGCUUCAAUCAUAUGGUGUGUUAUUGAAGGUUCUUUGUAUGAGACCGUCUCUUGCUGUAUGCUCUAUAUUCUGGGGCCUCUGAGGUUGUUUUGGGUUAAACCAUUAGCCACAGAUUUGCCAGAUAAAAUCCUGAAGUAUAUCAUGACUGCACAUGCUGAUCAUGCAGCAUUUAUGGCAGUGAUGUAUUCAGUACUUUCAGCUGAACAUUUUCCAAACAUCAGCACAGUCUUCAGCACAUUCAGCUUUGGUUUGCUUGUCCUGAUGUGUCUCCUCUUCAUUAUACAAUUAGCUAAAGAGAAGUUGCUGUCAUGCUCUGGAGAGUCGAGCAGAAGGAUAUACAGUAUAGUUCAGCAGUUUGUGGCUACUUGUGGCUUUUCAUUGCUGCCUUCAUUACAGCUCGCCCUUCUGCUCUACACUCAUUUAGCCUCCGGUGAAGUGUUCAUCAUUACGGCUCUUCCAGCACUUCAUUGGGUGUCUUAUUUAUUUUGUAAUGAAACAAAAAUUGCAGAUCAACGCUGUCAACGUUUUCUAUAUAUAUUAAUACGGUCAAUGAUGAUUGUGAUGACUGGAGUAAUGGUGUAUUUUUACAUUAUGCUCUCGAGAAAUAAAGAAGCUGAUGCAGGACCAGUCUGUGUGGCAGGAUUUGUUCAAGCCUUGUGGGUGCUUGCGUUUUCUGAAGUCCCAGUCUAUUAUCAGAAACUUCGCAUGAGGAAAAUGUUGUUCCUGUAUGGAUCAGCUGGUCUUGUUUUAGUGAACUCGGCUGCACUGAUGACAGAACUGAUAAUGAAAGCAGUUCAUGGUGUACGUCUGCUGGGAGAUUUGCGAAUCAUUGUCUUUCCGUCUGAGUGGCUCUUUACUGUAGCACUGCUGGUUUUGUCUAUUUUUGCACCAUUGAAAGCUGUCAGCACAGAGUCUCAGAAGGCUUCUCAGAUGCCGUCAGAUUAUAAUGGGACUCCUGGUACAAAGUAUACCAGUAUAGAUCUGAACCAGAGGGCAGAAGAAUCCCAUGAAAUGGAAAGUCUGAGAAAAGUAGCUGGGAACAGCGAGGAGCAUCAAGAAGAGGAGAUCAACUAAGUGAACUGCACUUUUUAAAAGAUCUGACUGAACUUUUCUCAUUGGGCAGAGGUUUUCAUGGUAUGAAACAUUUCUGAUGGUAAACUGGCAAACAUGCCAUUUCCUUGUCUGCAUAACGAUUAGCAGCAGAAACUGUUGCACAUUAUCAUGGUUUGGGCUGGAUGUAUUUUUGAUAUCAGCGAUGCUGUGCCAUUGAUAUUGUGGUAUGUUGUUUAUGGUUGACAAACUAUGCUGAAUUCUACUUUGAAGUGAAUCAAGUACUUGAAGUGACCUAAGAAUUAUUCAACCUUGUAUAUUUGUAUGCAUUUAAAUAUUUUCCAUGUAAUAUGUAUGUAAAAUAUUUAUGUAAUGUUUAAGAUAUGUACAUAGGUUUCUCGUCUUUGUUCUUAUUAUAGCUGACUUUUCUUAAAGUGCUUGGAGCACUUACAACAAUAUUUAUUAAAGCAAUCAGCAUUAUUUUGUGCUGUAGUACCAAAACGGGUAUUGAGAAAUAUUAAAUUUCACCGUAACUGUAUUGUGACCUCUCUAUUUCAAGGGUUGGGUGUAUGUUCCUGGCUAGAGUAAGCUCCAAAGUGGAUCCAGAGUUGAAUGUAUAAUAUUAAUAUGGUCUUCUCUUGUUUCUCUUUUUCACUGAUAUUUUUCUAUGAAACAUUUUCUAAUCUACAUUUUCAUUCUCUGUGAGAUGUUUGUUGAUGCACAUUGACUUCUGAGAUGGUGUUACUGUAUAUAUGACAAGAUGAAGGAUAUUCUGCCUCAUUCUUCUGAUAAAUUUGUGAGAUAUGAUCUUAAAUGUAUGUCUUUUCCCAACUGUAGCAGGAUAUUGCUAUACAUAGAUUUAUUUUAAUAGUGUGUUUAGUAUUUUUUUGUACCAAGUUCAAGCACUUGAUUCCGUGUAGUGUUAAAAUAAAUAUUUUAUAAUAAAUUA